CGAGAAAUGUAUGUAUGCACCGUCUCAAUCACUAUCUACACCUCUCCCCAACAGACAGAUCCACCCCUUCCUUCCUCUCCCUUGUGUCUGUGUGUGGUUUAGUCCUCCACAGCGGGUGGUGACACGGGCAGAGAUGUCUGUGGUGUUGCGAAGUCUGCCGCCAGCCGCCUAGUCCACUCUGCGAGUGCCGCCAACGGGCUGUCUCCCUCAUCCUUGGGAGGGAGGGGGAAACCCGACGGCUGCUUGCUCACCUCGCGCAUUGUGGCCAUGAAUGUGCGGAUGGCAUUCUCGGCCUCCGUCGCCCGACGCUCGAGAGACGCAAACUGCAGCAGCAUGGAACGGGGGGUGAGAGAGGAAGGGAUGAGAGAUCUGACGUGUGGAUCUGUCGUAGGGAUCACCUGCUCCGCAUAUUGGCCAUUCAGCUCCUCCACGGCGCGAGGCACAUUAGGCGGAAGGCACAUUAGGCGCUUAUAGUACCGCAACUCCUGCACAAACAGAAACAAAGUCGCUGCAGAAAUGAACGCCCCCCUCUUGCCGUGGUGCAUCCCCCAGCCUCACCUGCCUAAAGGCCUCCUCAGCGACGGGACGCUCCUUCAAUGCAGCACGAAGCUCUUUGUACUCCUUCAUGAAGCUGCUGCUCAUCCGAACUGGCCUUCCUCGCCGUCAACGUGGCGCUGCCUACAGCUACAAGGCGGGCGCCCAUUUGGG